CCGUUUUCGCCCCUCGCUUUCAUGCCUCACCUCCCGCGGAGAGUUUAUACAACGAACCAUUCUUUAUCUGACAUCCAAGCACACCUUCCAUUCUUUUCUUACAUGCCAAGACUGGUCUUGCCAUCUAUCGAAGCUUUUUGUAAUCCUCAUAUACCUGUAUUUUUUUUUGCACAUAUAGCCGACAACAUGUACGGACGCUUCAUCCUUCUUGUUGCCACUUUCACUCUCUCUAUUGUGGCUGCUCCGAUUCCAGUAGCCUCUCCAGAUAACUUGACUAUAGAGACUGUUAUCAAAGGUCGAUCUGAGAUCCUCCCCCGAGUUGUCGUUGUUGAUGAUAAACGACAGACAAUCUCCGAUGACGGGAAUGAAGUUGUUAGCCAUAAGCGUCAAACCAUUUCUGACGAUGGGAAUGAGGUGGUUGGACAUAAGCGACAAACCAUCUCCGACGAGGGUGACGAAGUAAUCGGCCACAAACGACAGACCAUCUCCGACGAGGGCAACGAAGUAAUCGGUCACAAGCGGCAGAAUAUCUCCGACGAGGGAGAUGAAGUAGUCAGCCAUUGAAGACAAGUCACCGCAGACGGUGGAAACUACGUGGUCGGACAUUGAUCUUUUGCGCCAGAGGCCUUCGUGUCAAAGGCUGCAAAGGUAGUCAUCAACGGCGACCUUGUCAGUUGAAUAAGAUCCGCACAGGCCUUAUCGAGACUCGGACCUCCAGUUAUACCAGUUGCGCUAGAUUUCCUUCAGUGUUCCUCGAAUCUUUACCCGCGCAGGAAAGUGUCGAAUUCUCAUGUCGUUAUGAGACUGAGGGCAGUCGAGGUUCAUUUUGUGCUGCAAGGUUGCACUUGCAG